CAAGGUGUAAUGGUUGUUGACGAACCAUUUCAAGAUUACAUGGGUUUAUCGAUUUUUGCAUGUCUGUGCUGUUUCUGGCCAGUUGGUCUCUGUGCCAUAGCAAAAUCAAACGAGGCAAGAAAACUCGCUCGUGGAGGUGACUAUGAAAGUGCUAGAGAAGCGGCAAAUAAAGCAAAAAAGACAGCCUGGGUAGCUAUGCUUCUUGGUCUCAUUCUUACAAUUGCUUUGAUCGUCCUUAGAGUUGUAGCAUCUUCGGCUAACUCAAAUUGA